AUGGAAACUACAACUGUAAUUUUACCGAGAGACUAUUACCUUAAUAGCACUUUGAAAAGGCAGUUGGUUACUGAAGAAAACAGAGCAACAAAUUCAACUUUCAUUUUUCAUUACCAUGUAAAUCACGUUCUCUUGGGUUUGUUUCUUGGUACUGUGUCUUUGCUGACUGUGGUAAUGAACAUCUUAGUCCUGUAUGCUGUUAAAAAGGAGAGAACUCUGCACACAGUUGGGAAUUUGUAUAUAGUCAGCCUGUCAGUGGCAGAUCUGAUUGUCGGUGCAUCUGUAAUGCCCCUCAACAUUGUAUAUUUGUUGGAGAACGAAUGGAUAUUUGGACAAGUGGUUUGCCGAUUUUGGUUAGUUAUGGACUAUGUGGCCAGCACUGCUUCCAUCUUUAGCCUUUUCAUUUUGUGUGUGGAUCGAUAUCGUUCAGUACGGCACCCACUCAAAUAUCUAAAAUAUCGAACCAAGGCUAGAGCUAGUGUGAUGAUUUCCGGUGCCUGGCUACUGUCAAUGACCUGGGUUAUCCCCAUACUGGGCUGGCAUUCAUUUGGUGCUGUAGAUUCAAAGCCUAAAACUGAAAAUACAUGUGAAACUGAUUUCCAGUUUGUCACCUGGUUCAAAGUUCUCACUGCUGUCCUCAACUUCUACGUCCCCUCUUUGAUGAUGCUGUGGUUUUAUAUACAGAUCUUCAUGGUUGUGAGGAAACAUUAUCGGCAAAGGGGAAUCAUAAAUGAGUCACUGCCAUCAACUAAAAUUUUUAUGAGAGAUAUGGAAGCCCAACAUCAUUCUGCUUCCAGAGGUUUAAAGAACGGCACAAAAGAAAGGGAGGCUUCCUCAGAACCAGAGAUGUCUUUAAAAUUGACAUGCUUACCUCCUGGCAUUCUGCACAGUCAACCAGAUGAUGACAAGGUCAAGAAAAUGUUUGUUUCAGAAAAUGACUGCAACGUAAUAGUGCCAAACUCCAUUGCAGGCAUGCCUGAGAUAACUGACGCCUCUGACGUGCGGACAUUCACUUCUGUCUUAGAGAAAGACGCAGCCCUCUCUUAUUCUAGAUCGGAUCCCUCACCUUGGCUUCACAAUGACAACACCAGAGUGGAUUCAGUCAAUAACCUAAAGCAGUCGUGGCAAAAGUUCUGUACUAACUCCAAGCAGUAUGUUCAGAAUCUUCGCUUAAAGAAAGAAAUAAAAGCUGCCAAGCAGCUGGGUUUCAUCAUGGCAGCCUUCAUGAUGUGUUGGAUCCCAUAUUUUGUGACAUUCAUGGUCAUGGCUUUCUGUAAGACAUGCGUUCAUCACAACUUGCACAUGUUCACAAUCUGGCUGGGUUACAUAAACUCUACAUUAAACCCUUUAAUUUAUCCACUGUGCAAUGACAAUUUUAAAAAGACUUUCAAAAAUAUCCUUCAUAUUAAGUCUUGA